CCCGUGCACCGUGAGUGUGAGCAGGACAGAAAACCGAGCAUUUUGCUGCAUGGGCAUGUUUUGUUUAACGAUUUGGAUGGGAUUUGCGAAAAACUAAAGUGGAAAUUCGCACAACAACUAGCCAAGCCAGGAGUGCCACAACACCGAGUUCACCGAAAACCAUGGACAACAAGACGAUGCAAGAGUUUUUUGCAAAAGGCGCAGAAAACAUGACCGGCCCGUCGAUAUGUCUACGCUCUGGUAUCGACGGAAGGCCACUUACCAUUCCCUCCACCGAUUCGUGGAUCUGCGAGCAUUGCGGAUGGCGUGCCGAAUCGUACAAUCCCCAUUUGGUGUAUCAUCGGUUGGUGGCGCACAAUAUCCGGACGCCGGUCAAGUUACCUACCUGCAAAGAGUGCGGUCAUGUGGCAUUGAACAACGGUGCUUUGGAGCAGCACGUGGAGGAAAGGCAUGGGCUACGCGAACACUGCCCUUUUUGCAGCGAAAUGUUCGAAACGCAGCUGGAUGUCUCUAAUCAUGUUAAGGAGCAACACCGCGAGCGGGGUAGCAGUGAUGGAGUAAUAGAUUUGAGUGACGAUGAGGACGAGCCAAAUCAAUCCGAAUUCAUCGAGGAAGAGCUGGUGCACGAUGAUAAUGUGACCACCGGCGGCGGGGAAAACAUCGGCAUGAUCAUAAAGUUGUUGUCCGAGGAUGGGACCGAAUUGCAGCUGCUAUCGCACCAGCGGGAGGAAAUCAUCUCUGCUAACGCCGCUAUGAGGAAUGUUGUUGUUGAGCAGAGCCAGGACCAACAAAUGGACAGUGAUAUGGAGCAAGAAAUUGAAAGUGAUAUGGUUCAAGCAAUGGAUAAUUGUACGGAUCAAGACGAAGGUGAUAUGGAAGAAACAGAACAGCAUCACAUGUUAGACGAGACGGAAGAAGAGUUACGUAUCUCGAAAACAAAUCCAUGCACGAACGAACACUGCCUUGCCCAAAGAAAGAGAGUUAAGCUGCUUACUCAACAGGUAAAAGAACAUAGGGAAUCUAUAAUGGAUAUGUAUCAGAAAAUAGUGGAAGUGUGCAAUCCUUCCUCUGAAUUAGUGGACCCAACUUCCUUCGCCGAAAUGCUCUACAAUAUAGAAGUUAUCAUCAAAGAAGCUAUAGAAACAGCAAAACGCAGCAGCGCUUCCACCUAUUCUCCACCCGUUCCUGCCACCAUCGAUUUACCGCCUGCUCCACUUUACACCGACUCUCCCCCGCUCGUUCCUGUUUCCACCGAGUCGCCCCCGGCAUCAGUUAAGUUGAAUCCUGCUCCAACUUGGAUUAUUUUACCAGUUGAUAGUAAGGACGAGUUGGAGCGCUUGGACAAAUUGGCCCAAAACAAAAAGUUUGUUGAAGAUGUAGCCAAUUUGUUGAAAAACAAAUUUGACUACAAUACCACGAAAAAAACGAUUCUACUGCAAAUUUUCUCACCUAAUCUCGUGUCGAACAGUAUCGUAAGGAAAGGGGAAGGCAUUCGAUUGUACAGAUACAAACACUGUUUGAAAAUGUUUGAAAUUGUAAUUGCGAGAUGCUAUAACGAUAUGCAUGAACCAAUUGAAGUUCAGAAAUAUGUAAAACAUUUUAUCCAUACGUGGAAAAAGAGUCGGGACAGCACACGGAAAGUGGUUCGUUUCGAAAAGAUAAGGAUCAACAUUAGUUAAGUUAGUUAAUUUAUUAAUAAAUGUAGUAUCGCCUUGAA